UACUCAAGGGAACAUGGCGACGGCACUGAGUUUUGGUUCGGUUCCCUCGUUUUAUCGCGAGGUUUAUCAGAUAGUAUGUCCCAAUCAAGAAGAGAGGAUCGAGCGUGAUAUGUUUGUGAAGAUCUUAAUGAAAUCAAGCCUACCCAAACAAUCGUUAAGUCAGAUUUGGGAAGCUGUUGAUCCAAGGCAAGAUGGAUAUGUUACAAGAGAUGGAUUAUACAAGGCACUGGCCUUAACUGCUUUAGCACAACAGGGGAAAAUUAUAUCAGAGAGAGCGUUAGAGCAAUUUGUAGAUUCAGAAUUGCCAAAGCCUUCUUUGGGGGACCUGUCAGAUCUGAAAAGUCUGAGUGUGCGUCAAAGGCGUGAAAACAACCCAAAUGUUUUGGGUUAUAACUAUGAUGAACUUGUGAGUUUGGACACAGUAGAUGUAGAGCUUGUACCAGAAAAGAAAGGAAUUCUUCUAAAGCACAAUGAAUAUCAUGUUUCUAGCAAGAAACAUAACUGUACUGUAAAUCGUCGCUACAACGACUUUGUUGCCUUCCAUGACAUGUUACUAGCAAGGUUCCCAUACCGUCUCAUUCCGACACUUCCUCCAAAGAAGCUUAUGGGAGCCAGCAAAGAGUUCAUUGAGGCCAGGAAAAGAUCCUUAAAGCGUUUUCUGACUCUUGUUGUGAGGCAUCCUGUACUUUGCGAGGACAAGAUUGUGAACUUUUUCCUUACAGUCAAGGGCUCAGACAUUGGUCAGAAGUUGAAGGAUCAGUAUAAAUCGAUGCCAGAUGAAUUCAUGACUAGUCCUCUUGCCUCCAAAGCAAAGGAACUAGUCCCUAUGGAUACACAAGCCAGUUUUCAAACCAGCCGCCUGCAAAUUCAAGCCAUUCACAACAGUGUGGAAAAACUAAAGGAUGUUGCUGAUAGAAUGACAGCAAGAGCCUUAGGAUUUUCUUCUGACAUGCUUCAGUUUGCUAAGGAACUCACAGCAUUAACCAAUGAGUCACACCCAACAACUGUAUGGGCAAGUGGCAGUAACAACACAUGGGGGAACCUUAAACACAGCUUUACUGGAAUCACUCCUUAUUAUACCAAACUUUCAGAGAGAGGUGCUGUUUGGUUUAAAAGAGAGGAUACUGGUGCUGCUGAGUACUUGGCUCUCUUCUUGGACUUAACCUCAAGUUAUCGGGAACUUUGUGAAAGGCAUGAAAAGGGAGUUUUAAAAGAUCACCAACACUCGCUCCAGAAAAUGCAGCAGAUCAAAAAACGUCAGAUUGCUGCUCAGGCAAAGGGCCAGGAUCAUGCUGUUGAUCAGCUGGAAUCCAAAAUUGUUGAACAGGAGACAGACAUCAGUAACAUGGAAAACAGGAACUAUUUCUCACUGCACUGUCUCCAGCUAGAAACCCAGUUGGUACAUGCUAACAUGAAAUUAUUGGCAAUAGUGUUACAAAAGAUGGUCACAUCACAGAUUGCAGGACACAAGGAGGUAUUUGAAGUCUGGAAUGAACUUGAUCCACUUGUGGCUGCAUUACUUCCCAGCAACUCUCCUGGCUCAUCACCCCCUGGUUCACCGCCAUUAAAGUAAUUUCAGCUGUCUACAUGAUCAAUGUAGAAGUAUAUUGCUCUUUCAUAGAUUUAAGUAUUUUUAAUUACUUAGUGGUAAGGUGUCAUAAGAUGAAAUUGGUCCACACCAGAUGACCUGUGUAGUCAAAUAACAGUGAUAUCAACCAACCUGCAAAUUGUUGUGAAGUGUUGAUGUGCUGUUAUCAAGAUGUUGAAUUACAUCUCUCCUAGUAAUGUUCACUUUUAAGGUUAGACUUCGGUUUUAAAUCCAGUCACUGAAAUGGUCACCUAACCCAUAAAUUCAGAGAAGAAUAAAAGAACAUUUUUUAAGGAAAAACUUCUUUUUUGGGAUUUGUUUGUUAUUUUGAUGGACAAAUUAUAGCUGCAGUAUACCAAAUAUUGUUCGGUAUUUCCCUCUAAGUAUUGGAUAAAUAUCCAAAGGUAUGUAGUGGAGGUGUUCUUCCUAGUUAGAAAAUUGAAUGAUUUGUUUUUAUAACUGUUAGCAAUUUUCUUAAUGCUUGUCUUACUUUGCUAAAUGGCCAGGAAAUGUUUAUUUUCUAUUGAUUGGAGCAGAAUAAAAGGCAAAACCAAUGGAUAAUUAUUUUGUAAAAAAAGAUUAUAGUUACUGUAGUACAAAUUUUAUAAGGAGCAACUGAACACUUAAUCAAUCAAAUAUUGUGCACUUUCACAUCGCAUGCACUGAAACAUAAUAUUCAAGGACAGGGAGCUUUGACCGUGAGAACUCUUUCUUCAGGCUAAACAUAAAUAUAACUACAACUUUCUCGCAGUUAUUGCUCAACUGGACAUCUCUUUAAAGAAUUUUGCAGGUAAUUAUAAACCACCCAGUACUAUCUAAGUUUUCUUCAAUGAUAUUGAUGCUAGAUUUGGACUCAAGUUAUGAAUAACUUCAGGAAAACUAUCUUCUACAACAAGUAGUUGUGAACUGUCACUUAAUGGCUCUCACCUUGUACAUCAGUAAGGCAGAAGAAACAAGUGGAUUUCAAGCAUCCUUAAAUUUGACCCAAAGAAACCUCAGAAAUAUAGCAGAUUUGAUUUCCCAAGAGGUCUUUGGUACAACUAAUAAGGGUACAAUACUUAUUAUAAUGUUUGUUUGACUCACUGUUCUUGUAUGCAUCUCAGAAGCGUAAAGUUUAUCGAAGAUUGCUGAUAGUGUACCAUUAAUUCUUUGUAAAUCUGGCUAACAGAAGAAGGUAUAGUUGUAGUGACUUUGCUAUCUUUGGAUAACUUGAAUUGCACUUCAACCUUGUAACUCCCAAGAUCUAAUCAGUAGUUUUGUCUUCUGAUUGCCUUGCAUUCUCUGGUAAAUUAGGCAGGAAAUUUUGGUUUUAUAUGAAGGAAGCACUUUCAUAUUGAUAAGUUUGCCUGUUCACAUAACCUGUAAAAUGACAUACAGCAUUGGAAGCACAAGGGAAAGCUACAUGUCAAUCUCAUGGGAGUUAGAGGGUUUUGUGGUAUUAAGACUUAAUUGUCAGCUUUUCCGCUAAUGAUUUCCAAGUUUCUAACAAGGGACCACCUAAAUUUACAACUUUAGAAUCAGUUGUCUUUGAUAAUGUUCAGUAUACUGAACCUACAUUGGUAGAAAAGAGAAGUUAUUAUUAACUUAAAGAAUCAGUAGUCUAAGAGUUUUGAAAAAGGACUAAUCAAUUAGAUGGAUUAAAGAGUAUUUUUAAGAA